AUGGCUCGUACCAAGCAGACAGCCCGUAAAUCCACUGGUGGCAAGGCCCCCCGUAAGCAGCUCGCCUCUAAGGCCGCUCGUAAGGCUGCUCCCUCCACUGGAGGUGUCAAGAAGCCUCACCGCUACAAGCCUGGUACCGUCGCUCUGCGUGAAAUCCGUCGCUACCAGAAGUCCACUGAGCUUCUGAUCCGCAAGCUUCCUUUCCAGCGUCUGGUCCGUGAAAUUGCUCAGGACUUCAAGUCGGACCUGCGCUUCCAGUCCUCUGCCAUCGGUGCUCUUCAAGAGUCCGUUGAGGCUUACCUCGUCUCCCUCUUCGAGGACACCAACCUGUGCGCCAUCCACGCCAAGCGUGUCACCAUCCAGUCCAAGGAUAUUCAGCUUGCCCGCCGUCUCCGUGGUGAGCGCUCGUAA